CGCAAUCCGCAGCUCCAUUCGUGUGAGUUCGUCGCUUUCGUCCGUCAGGGACUUUGUGCGACGUAAACGGGUGUGUGCGAAAGUAUGAAGUGAAAUCGUACAUAAAAGUGUGUGAGAUGUUAAGUGUUAGUUUUUAUUGUGCGUAAAAAACAAAAAUGAGUGCGAACGGAUAAGCCUGUUUACUUUUCUGACCCCUAAAACAUUGUACGCAUCGGUACACGUAACAUUUCGUAUGAACGGUUUCAAAAUGGCUGUGUUUUGAAGGACCCUUUGUCCGCUUUCGUGUGCUUCUUUCAGCAUGAUAGUGGGAUCGUACUGUCAGAAAAUUAUCUUAGAGAGGUGAGGAAGGCUCUUGCUUCGUCAUAGUGGUUCUUGUGUAGAAACGCGGAGUGGAAAAUUACUGGUUCCCGCCGAUGAGCGGUGUCGGUUGAUUGCUUUCUAUACGAGCGAUAUCCACGAAACGAUCGCUAGCAACGUGGAAUGCAUGUCAUGUUCCCGGAGCCGGCGUCGCAAUACCACAGCAGUCAGCCCUCGUGCCCGCAGCCAGAGUACCGCCCGGCAGCAUCGCCGGCCUUUCAGCAACCAGCUAAGAAGCGCCGCCUACUGAGCCCCACACAAACGCAACAACAUAACGGAAUACCACACGCACACAUUGACAACAGCGGCUACAAGAACAAGUGGUGGACAGGCGUCGGGCCGGGCUGCUGCACCGCGCCCGCCGUGCCGAGUCGCGCGUGCGAUGCGGAGCGGUCCCCGCCGCCCGCGCCGCCACCCGCUCCGCCUGUGCUUUGCGCCAGACCUUGCUGUCGCGACGCUACUGCCGGAGAUAGCAUCGAACAACGUCGCGUCGUUGAGCCUGUCAGCAGCGGCGGCGGCGCGAGCGGCGCGCGACACAAGACGGCACCGCAGGCCGCAACGACGACGGCACACAGCAAGCAGAUCGCGGCGGGCGGGGCUAACCACCCGCCCCAGCCGCAAGGUAACCACAAACAUCAACAUGGAAACAAAAAAUAUGAUAAUUCUAGAAGACCUACAGCUCGAACAAAACGCUCCGGCUGCGGUGGCGAUGGCGACUACCAGCUGGUGCAGCACGAGGUGCUCUACUCCUCGUCCAAUAGGUACGAGGUGUUGGAGUUCCUCGGGCGAGGUACGUUCGGGCAGGUGGUGAAGUGCUGGAAGAAGGGCACCAACGAGAUAGUCGCCAUCAAGAUCCUCAAGAACCAUCCCAGCUAUGCUCGUCAAGGACAGAUUGAGGUUUCAAUCCUCUCCCGCCUCUCGCAAGAGUCGGCGGACGAGUUCAACUUCGUGCGAGCGUACGAGUGCUUCCAGCAUCGCUCGCACACGUGCCUCGUGUUCGAGAUGCUGGAGCAGAACCUGUACGACUUCCUCAAGCAGAACAAGUUCUCGCCGCUGCCUCUCAAGUACAUCAGGCCGAUACUGCAGCAAGUGCUCACUGCGCUGCUCAAGCUCAAACAACUGGGUCUGAUCCACGCGGACUUGAAGCCCGAGAACAUAAUGCUGGUUGAGCCAGCUCGGCAGCCCUAUCGCGUGAAGGUGAUCGACUUCGGCAGCGCGUCACAUGUCAGCAAGGCCGUUUGCAACACUUACUUGCAGAGCAGAUACUAUAGGGCACCAGAAAUAAUCCUGGGCCUAGCAUUCUGCGAGGCUAUCGACAUGUGGUCUCUAGGCUGCGUGGUCGCCGAGUUGUUCCUAGGCUGGCCGCUGUACCCUGGCUCGUCGGAGUACGAUCAGAUCCGGUACAUCUCGCAGACGCAAGGUCUGCCUACUGAACAUAUGCUCAACAGCGCAAGUAAAACAGCGAAGUUCUUCUACCGCGACGUGGACAGCACGUACCCGUUCUGGCGGCUGAAGACUCCCGAGGAGCACGAGCUCGAGACCGGCAUCAAGAGCAAGGAGGCCAGGAAGUACAUCUUCAACUGCCUUGAUGAUAUCGGACAGGUUAAUGUACCAACGGAUCUUGAAGGCGGCCAACUGUUGGCCGAGAAAGCGGAUCGAAGGGAAUUCAUCGAUCUACUCAAAAGGAUGCUCACUAUGGACCAGGAAAGACGAAUAACUCCUGGCGAGGCACUGAACCACGCGUUCGUAACGUUAGCUCACCUCGUUGACUACGCGCAUUGUAACAACGUCAAGGCAUCCGUUCAAAUGAUGGAGGUGUGCCGGCGCUCGGGCGCGGCGGUGGGCGGCGGCGGCGAGUACGUGUCGGGCGUGGUGGCGGGCGCCGCGCCGCCGCACCACCUGGCGCUCACCAUCAACCAGCAGCGACUGCGCGCCGCGCCUUAUGACAACCUGUACCAAUUGUACCAAGGCGGUCGCGUGGCGGUGGGCGGCGCUCGGCAAUACGCGACGCGAGCUGCCGAACCUUUCCCGCAUCAGUUCGUGUCGUCUAUAUUGUGCCAGCCUGCUUAUCAGUACAACUUCAUACAGGUACAACAGCUAGCUGCCGCCGCAGCCGCCGCCGCCGCCGCUCACCACCAGCACGGCGUAGCCGGCGUAGCGGGCGUAGCAAGCGUAGCCGGCGUGGGGGGCGUGGCCGGCGUCGGUGACGUCAGCGGCGUAGCCGGCGUAGGCGAGUGGCGGGCCCCGUUGAUUGUGGAGCCAGCGCCCAUGCCUGAACCCGAUGUGUGGGAUGCCUUCCAUCCGCAUCAUCCGCAGCAUCUUCAUCCGCAUAAGAGAUCCACAAAGCAGCAGACGUCGGUGCCGCACUACCAACCGCACCACCAAACGCAUCAAUACAGUAUGGCAAGCAGCGGCGGUAAGAAGGAGCCGACUCAGCUGUCCCCGGUCAAGAAGCGGGUGAAGGAAGGCACGCCGCCUUCCCGGCAAAGGCAUCAUCAUCAUGAUCACAACGCGGGUCGAGCGGGCGGCGCAUGGGAGGGCGGCGCGGCGGCACACACCAUCACCAUCCGCGACACGCCGUCCCCCGCCGUGUCCGUCAUCACCAUCUCCGACAGCGACGACGACGCCGACGCGCCGCGCCGCGCCCGCCACGCCGCCCAGCCACACAACAAUACCGGCGGCAGUGGAGAGUGCGCGGGCGCCAGUGCGGGCAGCGGCGGCGUCAUCUGCAGCGCGCGGGAAGCAAGGGACGACAAGCACGUCAAGCACGAGCCGCACCAGGCCUGCCAUCAUCACCAUCAGCAGCAGCAGCAACAACAACAGCAACAAGCGGCUCCCCAACAGCAACAACAGCAACAGCCAACACAAACGACACAACAGUCCAACACGACGCGAACUAGCGCCGCCGUGGCCACGCCGCAGAGUCAGAAGAAGCGACUACUGGCGCUGGCGCAGCAAGAGGCGCAGGCUAAGAGAGAUCAUGAUCAUGCGCUCGCGCAUUUGCCGCCUAGCGGGUCAACAGUACGUCAGACAAAUGACUAUCAAUGCAAUCAGUAUGUUCCUGCGCAACAUAAUAAGAGAGAUAGCAGCGGCGGUUGUCGCGAGUACCUGACGAACGCUGGCGGCGUGAGCGGAGUGAGCGGCGUGAGCGGAGUGAGCGGAGUGAGCGGCGUGAGCGUGAGCGUGAGCGGGCCGCCCGCCGCGCACAAACACGCCGCCCCACACGCCUGGCAUCACCAUCCGCAUCCGCAUUACAAACCACCCGAAGUAACUCACAGCUCACAAGACGGCAUACAAACAUUUAUGAUGGACCAAUUGGUUGCCAAUAGAACGUUGAACUUGGAUCCGAACAACCAAGAUUACAGGAACCAUGCAUUAGCGGGUAGCGGCGGUGUGCUGUCCCCGGGCGGCGGCGUGUCACCGGGCUACCUGCCGCCCCCGCUAUACGUGCCCACCUAUCAUUAUCAUACUGGCGGUGUGAGCGGCGUGACAGGCGUGGGUGGUCCGCCCCCCGCACACCACGCCAGCGGAGCCCGGCUGCCGGGCUACCUGCAGCCCUACUCGCCCACCUACCUCGUGCCGCAGCACCACCAGCAGCACCUCUGGUACACCGACUGAGCCGCCCCGCGCCCCGCCGGGGCCGCCAGGUGCCCUCCACAGGGGUGACGCAUCCGCCCGGGGCAGCAGGCCUGGUACGAGAGACACUCAGGCCCCGGUAAGGCCGCCGGAGCCACAGGAACCCGACUAUCACACUACAAUUUUUAAAUAAAUCCAUGACUAGUGUGCGCCUAAGUUCCUCUAUAACUGAACUCUGUACGACGGAUCAAACGAUAUUUUCUUGUACAAAUUGUGAUUUUUAUUUCUUAUUACAAAGAUGCGUUUUAUAUUUCCCGGCGACCUACCACCGUAGGCGCCGCUCUUCGAGUUAUACUUCAUCGAGUAUAAAAUGUUUAAUCAUUUUUUGUUUAGAUAUGUGUAAUUUAUUACAUGAUAGCGUUGCGUAAACGCUUAUAAAUGUAUGUAUAAUAGGUUAGUGUUGCAUUAAUUUGUAUCAUUUAAUGUCGCCCGUACGGCUAUGUAUGCGGCACGAUUAUUCACAUGUAUUAUAUGGAUUGUAAAUUUCGCGUUAUAUUUUGCUGAUAAAGCGAGUAGAUUGCAUUUACUAAUAUUUUAUCAUAGUUUAGUGUUUGUACCAAAUCAUUUUUAUGGGGAAUUUAUUGAUAUAGCGAAUAUAUUAUAAUAAUAAUAACCGAAGUGUUUGUUUGGAUCGAUGCGAGCCGCAGUGUGGCGCGGAGAUAUUUUACUUUAACGUCACCCUGAUUUUGUCAAUUAUAAUGUUUGAUUUUAUUGUACGUAGCGAGUAAUGCUUUAGGUAUAUGAGAUUUGUUCAUACGUUUGUUACGUUCCAAGUCAAGUAGCGCGGGCGCAUGCUGCCCCUCACACAACUACAAACAUUUACUGCUGUGUUUACUAUCGUAUAUUCAAAAUUAAAGGGUUUUAUAUUACGUAGAGAUAAUUAAAUGUGUAGGGCGCGGUGAUGGACUACUUGUAUAGAUGUAGAUUCGAAUGUAUUAAACGAAAUAAAAAAAAACUAUCUAAGAUAUUUUAUAAACAUUUAGUACACACUAAUGAUUAACUAAGAUUGUAAUAAUGCAUGUAUAAUCACAUUAGAUAGAACGAAAUUGUUUAAAAAAAUAAUAAUGUCCUUUAUAGAAGAUGAAAAAAAAAAUGAUAUAUGUUAUGCAAUUAUUUUUACGACUGCAAUUGAUUUUAGUUAAAUAUUUUGAUAAGGUGUUUAGUGACACUAGCGCUAUUAUUAUUUGCUGACUUGAUACGCGUCGAUACACGACUGGGUAUUUUAGUUUUGAACGUAAUUGUAACACGUUAUCCGAUAUGACAGGCCGGAGUCAUACACAAGUAUUACAUAGCGAGUGAUGUACAAGUGUCGCAGCUCCGGCGCGGGGCAGUCCUGGCGUACGCUACGGAAACACAACUCUAUCUCUACAAACGUAUAUUCCAUUAUAUCUUUUGUAUUGUAAGAUGCAACUUUUAAAUAUAUUACAGCGAAUUUCAUUAGAAGUUUAAACUUUUAAUAAUAUAAUGCUUGUUUGGACAAACGACGAACUCUUUAGAAAUGCCUAAUAAUUAUAUUAUAUUCAUGAUAAAUAUAAAUUACGUGUAGCGUGUUUUUCUAGAGCUUUUGAUGUCAUGCGACGGCUAAUAUCGACGGAUAAUGUGCUUUUGUGUCUAUAUCCUAUUAAUUAUUACGAAGUUGUCCCACUCGGGAUUUUAAACCUUUUAUCGAUUCUAGAAAUCAUUAUGAACUAUUAAAUCGCUGUACUAUGCUUUCCGUAGCGUAUACUAAGGAAGGUUUUUUGAAUUAAUAUAUUAUUUGGUUUUAUCAUUUAGUAUUAAGUGUUUAAUUUAUAAAUAUCCACCAUUUAAUCGCAAGAUUAUUAUAAACUACUGCAUUAUUUUAAAUUCAUAUUAAAAAGGUUUUAUAUGACAAGACUACUAUGUAAUAUUAUUAGUUUUUAUCAUAAAGUUAGUACAUUAGUUUUGCUGCCCGACAAUAAUGAUUAUGUUUAGUUUUGUAUUUCUAACGGUUGUAGUUAUAACUAUAUGUAUGUUAUUUUUUUUUGUUUUACUGUCAACUGGCUGGUUGAUAUCGACCAUCGUAACGAAUACGUCAAAACAAAUACGAUUCAUCAUCUUUCUUUCUGAAUUGUUGAAUCUCUUCUUUUCUCUAUAUUACGUAAAUAGUUCUAGCACUAUGUAACACUUUCUUUAUUACGAAUAUACACAGAAUGUUUUAUUCCUAUAUUUGAAACUUCAAAAUGUUCAUUUUUCAUGUGUUUUGAAGUGAAUAUUUCUUCAGACCUACUCGUUACGAUGCCCGAUGAACGCGGGCUUGUGACUGGUCGGGCCUUUGUUUAUGCAUACAUAUAUCCACAAUUAAUAUAAUUAUAUUACACUUACAUAAAUCAAUUGAAUGGGAUUGCUAUUGAUUUUAUAUAAAUCUAAUUUUAACGUAUAUAAUUCAGUAUUUGUUUUUAAGGCAACAAAGGCCCGGCCGGCUGCCGGCCCGGUAGUGCGAGAUUGCCCUCAAGCGAGGCUUUAGUCAAUGAUCUCUGUCGAAACGUGCACAUAUUAUAACUAUUACCCCUCGUACCGCUAUGUAGCACGGCGUUAGUUCGUCUCAAUCUUUUGUUUUAGUGAUUUUAUUAUUUCUAAGCUUUUAUUGGAGUUUUGGGGUUUAUUUUUAAGAGUAUUAACAUAUGGAAUGUUAACACAUUUUCUAUAAUAAUUUUGUCCUAGUUCAUAUACGUCUGCUUACGGUAUCGUUUGAAAUUGCCUUAUUAUGUUUUAGUGAUGUGUAUAUGGGGCAUGUUGUCGCGGCGCAUUCGACCCAUUAUAUCGCAUAUUAUUUAUCUGUAUCGACUUACGGUUAACCCCACUCUCGCUGGACAAUCGAUACCUAGUUGAGUUGUGGGCUCAAUCGGUUAGUCGAUACAUAUAAUACACAAGAUAACUGACUGUUUGUCGACGUGAUUCUGUGAUUAUUACUCAUUAUAAUUUAGUUGGAAAAACUGUAAAUGUUGGGUUGUUGCAAUAAGUAAAUUCUUUUGUGUGUAUAAAAUUGCAUUUUGCGAAGCAGCUGUAUGAAAUGCCCCGUGUAUAUGUAUAUUUAGUUUAGUUGUGUAUGGUUUCACCAAAACACGAUACCGAUUAUAUUUAUAGAGGAAUUAUACGAAAAAAGUCGCGAUUAGCUAAUUCGAGUGUCGACAAUAAUUUAUUGUUCUAUAUGGUAACAAUGAAAUGUACAAAAUACUCCUUGUAAGAUGGUUUAGACUUGCACCGGCUACCGCUACGCGUUGCGGACAGAUUAUAUUCCACUGUGAUUGUGUUACGUUCAAUGAUUGCCUGUAUCGGUGAAACUGUUAUGGUAGGCUUACGUUUGGUUUAAUUCAUGUAACUUUUAACUAAGUACCAGUCGGUACUAGCUGAGAACUAACUCUACAAUAAUGGGUAUUUUUAUGUUUUAAUUUAGCUUAUAGGGGCUUGUGUAAACAAGUUGAUACUAUUAACAUGUUUUAAAUUCGAUAUGUGGGUGAUCAGGGAUAUAGCACUGAUGUUGCUUAAGUUUCUCUUCAAUAAUAAUCAAAUAGUUUAUUAUUAGAUGAAAAAUUGUAAAUAAACAUCCAAAUAUCCCUUUU